AUGGACGGGCUUGUUCGCGACAACGCCAGCUUUACCGCUUCUCCAGCCGUACCUAUCGCCGCACCUCUCGCCGCGAUCGCUGGUCUCUCCCAGCCCGUGGAAAGCGCGCUCUACCUCUGGGGAUUCAAUAUCCGCGGGCAGACCAGCCACCGCGCGGGGCUUCGCGGGGAUCCGCGCACGUGGCGCUGCCAGCGCGCGCCGCUGCGGAUCGCGCGGGAGAAGUUCCGCGCGCGGGACGGGCAGCCCGUAGCGCUUGUUAGCGUGGCGUGCGGAUUGGAACAUAGCGCGGCGGUGGGGAUCGAUGGGAGCCUGUUCACGUGGGGGUCGAACGAGUAUGGGCAGCUGGGCGAUGGUACUGAGCAGAGCAGCAGGGAUCCUAACAAGGUAGCAGCCUUAGAGGAGGCAGGGGAGGAGGUGACUGCUGUGGCGUGUGGCGCGCAGCGCACUGCAGCUAUCACCCCCUGCUCUCAAAUUCUCCUCUCCACUUCUUCCUCCUCUCACCCUUCGUCUCUCCCUUCUCCCUACGGGGAACCCAUAAGGGUAGCAGCUUUGGAGGAGGCAGGGGAGGAGGUGACUGUUGAGGCGUGUGAUGCGCAGUGCACUGCAGCUAUUGCCUCCUCUGUUUCCCUCCUCUUCUCUCCCCUUGACCUGUCAUUUUCAUGCAGGGAGCCUACAAGAGUGGCAGCCUUAGAGGAGGCAGGGGAGGAGGUGACUGCUGUGGCAUGUGGCGCGCAGUGCACUGCAGCUAUCACCAGGCGGAGGGCGGAUGGGCGGGGGAGGGGGAAGAGGAGAGGGGGCAGCGCGGAGCAUGGGGGUGGCGGGGAAGAGGAGGGGGAGGAGGGGCGCCUGUGGGUAUGGGGCCAAAACCAGAAUUCCAACCUCCCUCGUCUCAUACGAGGAGCCUUCCCUCCCAAAACUGUGGUUAUUCAGGUGUCUUGUGGCGACUCACACGCUGCUGCCGUGUCCAACACUGGCCUGCUGCAGACAUGGGGCUACAACGAGCAUGGGCAGCUGGGCAUUGGCAGGGCGUGCGACGGGCUGCAGAAGCCCCACCUGGUCGCGUCCUUCCAGCGCUUCCUGGAUGACCCGCCUCUCACGUGCCCAGACAGUAUUCGCAUUGUGGCAGUGGCGUGUGGGGGGUUUCACACCGCUGCUGUCGACGCCCGCGGCGAGAUGUACACGUGGGGAGGGGGGUUGAUGGGCCAGCUGGGGCACCGAACGCUGCAGGCACGGGGUGGCACGUGCGAGGUGGUGCCGAGGCGGGUUGUGGCACUUGAAGGAGUUUCAGUAACGCAGGUGGCGUGUGGCCGCACCCACACAUGCGCCCUCACCCACAGGGGCGCUCUCUACAUCUGGGGAGCUGGCAGGGACGGGCAGUUAGGCACAGGCCCCACCUCCGCCUCCUCCUGCGAUGGGAUGCUCUUGACUUUUAUUUAG